AUGAGUGCAUUAAAGUGUAUACUUAGCGAGAAAGGAAAGGAGCUUCUAGUCUUAGAUGGAUAUAAAUGUCGUUUUCAUAAAGAACUAACUGGUGGUAUCAAACGUUGGGUGUGUUCGGUAAGUGGAAAUAAAAAGUGUACGGCCUAUUUGAAGACAGAGGGGAAAACAAAUAUAAUUGAAGUUGUUGACAACCAUAACUACCCGCCACUUGAUGAAAAAAUUCUUAAUAGGAAUGAAGUGAGUAAUUCCUUGAAAAGAAAGGCUUCAGAAGAUUUAAGUGAGAGACCUUUAAAAUUCAUUCACCGAGAACUGAGGAAAGGAGAUGGCGAAACAUUGACUAAUUGCGAUGUCACAUGUAUAAGAAACAAUAUAUACCACUCUCGAAGGAGCUUUCUACCAAAACUACCAACAACUCAACGAGAAGUUCACAACGUUCUUAAUUUCUAUCCUGUCAUGAAAAUCGGGGCGAAACUUUUCUUCUUGUAA